AUGGAGUCCCAGAAUGUGUCCACUGUCACUGAGUUUCAGUUGCUUGGAUUCCAGAACCUCAUUGAAUGGCAGACAUACCUUUUUGCUAUUUUUCUGUUCAUCUACUUCCUCACAGUUACAGGGAACAUUGUUAUCAUUGUGGUGGUGAGCCAAGACCAACGACUGCACUCACCUAUGUAUACAUUCCUCAAACACCUCUCCUUUCUGGAGAUCUGGUAUACCUCCACCAUUGUGCCACUUCUCUUAGCCAACCUGUUUUCAAAGGGUCAAUCCAUCUCCUUCUCUGCCUGUAUGGCACAACUCUAUUUCUUCGUAUUCUUUGGGGCUACUGAGUGCUUUCUCUUGGCCUUGAUGGCCUAUGACCGAUACCUGGCCAUCUGUAGUCCACUCCACUACUCCUUCCUGAUGAGUCCUGAGGUCUGCAACAAGUUGGUGGCAAUAUCCUGGUUAAUGGGGGUUGGCACAGGCUUUCUGCCUUCACUGAUGAUUUCCAAGUUGGAUUUCUGUGGGUCCAAUCAGAUCAAUCAUUUCUUCUGUGACCUCCCUCCACUCAUGCAACUCUCAUGUUCCAGAAUUUAUAUCACUGAGAUGAUAAUUUUUAUACUGUCACUUGCUGUGCUGUGCAUUUGCUUUUUCCUUACACUUGUGUCCUAUGUUUUCAUUGUGUCCUCCAUAUUGAGAAUUCCUUCAACGUCCUGCAGGAAGAAGACCUUCUCCACAUGUGGCUCUCAUCUGGCUGUUGUCACUAUCUACUAUGGAACCAUGAUCUCCAUGUAUGUUCACCCCAAUGCACACUUGUCACCUGAAAUCAACAAGAUCAUUUCUGUCUUCUAUACUGUUGUCACCCCACUAUUGAACCCUGUUAUCUACAGUUUGAGGAAUAAAGACUUCAAAGAUGCAGUUAGAAAAUCCAUGAGAAGGAAUUUUGGUAUCUAUGGAGUAAAAGUGAAAGGAGCUUUAUUUAUCAGGUAA